CGAGCAGAGAUGAGGACAGCGGAGGACUCAAACGGGACGGUCCUGCACCGCCUGAUCCAGGAGCAGCUGCGCUAUGGGAACCUGACGGAGAACCGCACGCUGCUGGCCAUCCAGCAGCAGGCCCUGCGUGGCGGUGGUGGUACUGGUGGUGCUGGCAGCCCCCGCUCCUCCCUGGAGAGCCUCAGCCCGGAAGAAACCCAAAUGGUGCAGCAAUCCACUCGGCAGGAGCCCCAGGGCCAGGAGCAUCACUCGGACCAUGUCUACUUGGAGAACAGUGUCCUUCGGCUCUGCCAGCCCCAGCACAAGGGUGAGGAGCUCCCAACCUAUGAGGAGGCCAAGGCACAUUCCCAGUACUACGCCUCUCAGCGGUCUGGGCAGCAGCCUGGAGGGACCAGCCUGCUGAUACAGGGUAAAAGCACCCCCCGUGGGGCCGAGAGUGGCACCCGACACCCUGAUGAAGGGCUGAAGGACCUGAAGCAUGGCCACGUGCGGUCGCUCAGCGAGCGGCUGAUGCGGUUGUCACUGGAGAGGAAUGGAGCCAAAGCACAGAGUCCCAUCAGCACCUCCCACAGCUAUCCCCAGCUCUCCCGCCACCACCAACUCGCUGCUCCCCAAGGGCAGUACCAUGAGGGGCCAGAGCUGCGGGGACCUCCUCCGGAGUAUCCUUAUGUCAUCCCUUCCCAGGACGCUUACCUGGCCAAACCUCAACCCUGCUCCCAGGAAGGUCCUGGAUUUCAGCAUCCUGAAAUCAGGGUGUUGUCCACCCACAUCCCUGCUGCUUUCCUGCCGCCACCAGGUGCCCUGUGCCCAGGCACGCUGAGCCCUGCUGGUGUGGAGGCACUGGUGAGUGCCCAGGCGGUCUCAGCUGGCAGCCGCCUGGCCCAGGCAGAUGUGGUCCUGCGGGAGAAUGAGAGGCUGCAGCGGGAGAAUGAGAAGCUGCGGCGGGAGCUGGAGAGCUAUGCCGAGAAGGCCAGCCGCAUCCAGAAGCUGGAGAGUGAGAUCCAGCGCAUCUCAGAGGAUUAUGAAAACCUUGUCAAGGCAUCUUCCAAGCGGGAAGCCUUGGAAAAAGCCAUGAGGAACAAGAGAGAUGGUGAGAUGCGACGGCUCCAGGACUUCAACCGGGACCUGAAAGAGCGGUUGGAAUCUGCAAACAAGCAACUGGCCAGCAAGACCCAAGAAAGCCAGGAGAGCAACCAGGGCAGUGUGGCCAAACUCCUGGCACAGAGCUAUGAGCACCAGCAGGAGAAGGAGAAGCUGGAGCGGGAGGUGUCUCUGCUGCGCAGUGCCAAUGAGGACCAGCGGCGCCGGGCAGAGCUACUGGAGCAGGCACUGGGCAGCGCCCAGGCACGGGCAGCCAAGGCAGAGGCCGAGCUGCGGAAGAAGCGAGCCUAUGUGGAGAAGGUGGAGCGACUGCAGGCGGCGCUGGGCCAGCUCCAGGCCGCCUGCGAGAAGCGGGAGCAGCUUGAACUGCGGCUCCGCACCCGCUUGGAGCAGGAGCUGAAGAUGCUGCGGGCUCAGCAGAGGCAGGCGAGUGCUGCAGGCGGAGGAAUGCCAGAGCUGAGCGCACACACACUCUCUGAGCAGCUGAGGGAGAAGGAGGAGAAGAUCCUGGCCCUGGAGGCUGACAUGACCAAGUGGGAGCAGAAGUAUCUAGAGGAGUGCACCAUGCGGCAGUUUGCCAUGGAUGCGGCAGCCACUGCAGCUGCCCAGCGGGACACCACCCUCAUCAGCCACUCCCCGCGACACUCCCCCAACAGCAGCUUCAACGAGGACCUCCUCCUGGCCAGCCACAAGCACCAGGAGAUGGAGAACAGGUUAAAAGCCCUUCAUGCCCAAAUCCUGGAGAAGGAUGCUGUCAUCAAGGUCCUGCAGCAGCGCUCACGGAGGGAUCCCAGCAAAGCCCUCCAGGGCUCCCUGCGGCCAGCCAAGUCUGUGCCCUCUGUCUUCACUGCCUCUGCUGCACCGAGCUGGCUAGGGGCUGGCCCGGGUGACCGACUAGCUGAGGGCAGCUCCCAGGACAGCACAGCAGGCAAAGCCACUGAUGAAGGGGCAGCAGGGCCUGCCACCUUUCCCCUGCCCUCCCACUCCAAGCAUGGCAGCAAGGAUGGCAGCACUCAGACAGACCGGGCAGCUGAGAGUGGCAGCCGGAGCGAGGGCACCGAGCAUCCGGCCACUUUGCUGGAGAGCUCAGCUGCUGCCAGAGCCCUGGACCUGUCUGACAUUGUAGAGAUCCUGAUUUGA